GGAAGAAAUUAUUUUUGGUCCUGGACCGUUCCAUCGGUAUUGGUAUCCUUCCGUUGCUAUGCAACAAAGACAAACAAGGAUCCAAUGAAAAACAUGGCGACCAUGGUAAAACUUGGCAGGCUCACCGGCAAAGUUGUCGAGGAAACUUUCAUACAAAACAGAGAUGCUGAGGAGAACCGUUUAAAGGAAUUUGAGGCAGCGCUGAAGAUCCAGAGCUGGUUCCGUGCCGUCAGGGUCAGGUCUUAUAUCAAGUUCCUGCAGAGAUGUGCCGUCACCAUCCAAAGACAUUGGAGAGGCUUCCUGGGCAGGGGGGCUUUCCGCACCCUGGUCAAGAAUUCUGUUUUUGUGAUGAGAAUGAACUUCUACAACAAGAUGGUUGUCAGGAUCCAGAAAAGGUGGAGAGGAUACUAUGUUCGUAAAUAUGUGCACAACUACUAUGCCAGGAAGAGAUACUUGGAGGGAUUGCAGAUAAAGAACCAGAUUGUCAGGAGUGAGCUGAGUGAAUAUGCAGAGAUGCACCAGAGAGAAAGGGAGAAGAGAAAGCAGGAGUUGGCUGAGAAGAGAGAGAUAUACAAUGCCAGGAAAAACCACUACUUGCUCAGCACACACCAGAUUUCUGGGAUCUACAACACUCCAUACAGGCCCUUCCCUGAUGAGAUGGAAUACCGACUGAUGUCAGUCAAGCCCCUGAGUCACAGGAGACCCCUCAAGCCCAGGGACAGCACCAUGGGGCUGGUGGACCCCUCCCCACCUGGGGUUCCCCCUGCCUUACCCCAGUCUGCACCUCUGCCCCCCAUUGACAAGAAAAAACCACAGGGUCCUUUCCGCCAGCCUACAGAAGUGUACUCACAGCGGUACAGGCCCCUGGAACCAACACUGCGAGUGGCAACAGACUAUACUUCUGAGGAGCAGGCAAGAAUUUCGAUGAAGCGCGAGGAGUGCGAGGGGAGAAUUAAUGACAACACUUUCCUGCCGUUCACAAAGAGAGAGCGCCCCUACAGUCCCCUGCUGCACACCACGUCCCAGUAUGGGGCCCUGCCGUACGGCACCAGCCACUUCAGACAUGAGAAGAAAGAGACUGCUGAUGAUAGGUUCAAGUUGGUGUGUUCUCCCAUCCCAAUCCUUGAGAAGUUCAAUGAGACCUACUCCAAGGGACAGGUGGCACUGUAACUCACCUAAACCAACUGCCUUUAUCCAUAGUGGAACAAAGUGCCUUACAUGCAACUUACUGUACAUCUGAAGGAAGCUGACAGAACAGUGAAAUUUGGUUCUCGAUAUUGGCUUCAGUAGAAAUGGUCCUUGUAAAGACAUAGACACUUGUGCCAUGUUGCCAUCACAGAUAUAGUGGAGUCAGUUGAUUUUAAGUUACUUCCUAGAAGCUCCUGCUCUACACAAAUUAUAAUUCUAAUAAUUUUGAGAUUAAAGGAAAAGUGUAUCUAUGCCAGAAUUGCUAUAUGGUGUGACACACGAGUGACGUCAGCACAAUGUAGACUUCAGCACAUGCAUAGACUGAAUUUAAGUGCAGGUGUUCACACUAGAAUGAUACUAAUAGCCCUGUCUAUGUUGGGUGGAUGAAUUCUAUUAUUCUGUUACUAGAUGCUGCUGUUGCCAUAGGAUGGGUUCAAACAAGGCUAAAAAUGGAUGCUUUGUUUCCAUUGAGGUAGUACAAAUAGAUUAUCAGUAACAUAUAUGCAGUAAAAGAGGAUAUCAGAGUGGUAUAUACAUAUAUACACUUCUUUAAUCUUUGUACAGGAUUUGUACAGCAAAUAGCUGGACUCAGAUUUGUAAAUAAUAUUAUACAUCUGAUUUGUAUUUCUGAAUGUUGACAGCAAUUACAAAUAUAUUAAGUGUCACACAAAAA